AUGGGGAGGGCAGCCCCAACCCUCCUGGCACUGCUCAGCCUAACAGCGACUACUUGUGAUGCCCAGGACACCUGCCCAGACUGUCUUCAUUUCUCAGAGGUGAGACUAGUGGGACUGGGUGAUGCUGACCGGCUUGCCAUUCUCCAAGGAUGCCCAGGGAUCCCAGGUACCUCUGGCCCAAAAGGAGAACCAGGCCUUCCAGGAACAAAAGGAGAAAUGGGAGCCCAGGGACUCCCCGGGAAAGCAGGACCACCUGGUGCAAAAGGAGCAACUGGAGAGCCUGGCUUCCCAGGACCGAAAGGAACGAAAGGAGAGCCUGGAUUUCCAGAAACAUGGGAAGCCAGGAACUGCCAAGAGCUGUUGGGUAAAGGGAAGAUCCUGAGCGGCUGGUACACCAUCUACCCCCAAGGCUGCAAUGCCACCACCGUCUUCUGUGACAUGGACACGGAUGGCGGAGGAUGGAUUGUGAGCUCUCCUUUCCUGCAGGUUUUCCAGAGGCGCUGGGAUGGGUCAGUGAACUUCUUGCGAGAUUGGGAUUCGUACAAACGAGGCUUUGGCAACCAGCUGACAGAGUUCUGGCUGGGGAAUGACAACAUCCACUUCCUCACCUCACUGGGACCCUGUGAACUCCGCAUUGACCUGAGAGACUUUGAAAACAACUACUAUUUUGCCAAGUACGCUUCCUUCAGAGUUUUAGCAGAGUCUGAGAAAUACAAACUUAUUCUAGGAGACUUCCUUGGUGGAAACGCUGGAGACUCCUUAUCAUACCACAAGGACAUGCCAUUUUCAACAACAGACCAGGACAAUGACAUGAGCUCCUUUAACUGUGCCACAGAAUACAAGGGAGCGUGGUGGUACAAUGACUGCCAUUACUCCAACCUGAAUGGGAUGUACUGGCUGGGCGUUCACGGGAGCUAUGCUGAUGGCAUAAACUGGAAGACGGGCAAAGAAUACCAUUACUCUCAUAAGCGAACGGAAAUGAAAUUCAGGCCAGUUUAA